ACUGUAUCAGUUUACCCAGGCAGCCAAGGAGAGCAGUCGGGUCCUACUGAGUGAUUCUUUAGGUUCGCGGUACAGAAGGGGCAAACUAUACCAGCAGAAGGGUCUUAAAACUACCUCUGGAAAUGCUCAUCAGAACUCCUACGUGUUAAGAGUGAGGUCCCAGCACGAGGCUCCGAGCAGCAGCAUGACGAGCGUGCGUGCCCCGUGUGUGCUGGCCGUGCUGGGCGUGGCGCUGGCCGCGGCGCUGCCCCGGGCCGCGGCGCACUCCUUCACCCGCCGCGGGGAGCCCUCCGCCCCCGCCGCCGCCAACACCCUCGUCACCAAGGCAGAGACAUACUUCAGGAACUUCACCAUGCCGGGGAUCACGCCCAAGGAGGACGAGGCAUACCUGUGCACGGCCCAGCGCCUUAACGAGUCGGUGGAGGAGUGGGUGAUGAGGUUUGACCCGCUGGCCUCGGCGAACCGGGCUCACCACAUGCUGCUCUUCGGGUGCUCAGACGUCAGGGCAGGACACACCGAGGGGGAGGUCUGGGACUGUGGGCACCAUGGUGUGUGUGAGGGGAGCCGCAUCAUGUACGCCUGGGCCAAGAACGCGCCCACCACCAGCCUGCCGCCCAACGUUGGCUUCAGGAUCGGCGGGCAGACGGGCAUCCGCUUCCUGACGCUGCAGAUACACUACGCCAAGGCUCUUCCUGAAGGCGUCCUGGACCACUCCGGCCUGCAGAUGGAACUCACGCACCAGCAGCAAAAGUACAAGGCCGGGAUUUACCUCCUGGCAGCCGGCAACACCGUCAUCCCCCCGCACGCGCCAAAGACACACGCCGACAUGAACUGCCUGCUGAAGGAGACCAAUGAGCCCCAGGACAUCCACCUCUUUGCCUACCGCGUCCACGCCCACGUCCUCGGCACCGUCAUCACCGGCUACCUCUUCGACACCACGAGGAAUGAAUACACGGAGAUAGCAAAGGGCAACCCACACUGGCCCCAGGCGUUCUACCCCAUGAACACCACCUACUUGGCUAAGACCUCAGACAUCAUCCACGCCCGCUGCACCUGGGACUCCACCACCCGCAACAGGAUGACCAUGAUAGGCAGCACCGCUAAGGACGAGAUGUGCAACCUCUACCUCAUGUACUUCACCGACCGGGAGGCGGGCUCGGAGUUUGGCAUGUGCGGCAUCGAAACCUACCAGAUCAUCACCAAGAACCUCCCCCCGGACAGCGACGUGCCCCUGCCCCCCAACCCCCUGCUGGAGGAACACGCCCAGGGGGAAAACAAGCACAAGGUUAAAGGUCAAGAGGGGAGUAGCAAGGCACCGUCCACCAAGGAGAAGGCGUUCACCUACUCCGUGCCCGGCGACCAGGAAAUCAAGCUUGAGAAGAAGGGACACCCACACCACUUCCUGCAAAAUUACGAGAAUUCCUAUGACGAUUACAUUGAUGAAUACCGCAAGCAUUCCAGACAACAGCAGCUGCCUCUGGGCCUGGAACCGGUGCGCAUAAGUGACGCGGGUUAUAGAGACAACACCAGAUACCAGUCAAAGCCCAGCGGUUACGACUACGAGGAUGCCACGAACUACCCCCAGCCCCAGCAGAUCCUCCAGCGCUACAAGGGCCCGGCAGACACCCCCCAGCCGGCGCUCCUGGAGGUGCCGCGGGAAGGGAAGCAGCUCAAGAUAUCAGCCUUCCGCACCCUCGCCAGCUGGGGCCAGAAGGAGGUGCCGUACGGACAGGUGGUGGCAGUGGCCCUCGACUCAGACGGUGACGUGGUUGUGUUUCACCGCGGGGAGCAUGCGUGGGAUGGCUCAACCUUCACUGCCGGCAAUGUGCUCAGGAACAAGAAGGACGUCAUCACCCAGCCAACGCUCCUGCACCUCAAGAAGGACACCGGGGAGAUCCUGCACAAAUGGGGAGAGAACUUCUUCUUCAUGCCCCACGGCCUCACGCUGGACAAGGACAACAACAUCUGGGUGACGGACGUUGGACUCCACCAAGUCUUCAAGUUCCCUGCCGGCUAUGGGGACGGCAAACCCCUUCUUACCCUCGGCACAAGGUUCCAGCCCGGCAGCGACAACACACACUUCUGCAAGCCUACGGGGGUGGCGGUGAUGAGCAGCGGGGAGUUCUUUGUGUCCGAUGGCUAUUGCAACGCGCGGGUCAUCAAGUACUCAGCCGAUGGGAAGAUACUCCUCCAGUUUGGCAAGCCUAUGCCGCAGAACUUUUUGGGCCUGAGGAGCAGCUCGCCGGCGCCCACCACCUUCAACAUCCCCCACGCCCUCACGCUGGCCGACCACGAGGGCGAGGUGUGCGUGGCGGACCGCGAGAACGGCCGCAUACAGUGCUUCACCACAGCCCUCGGGAAGUUCGCACGACAGUUCAAGUUUGACGCAUGGGGGAACCGACUCUUCUCCAUGUCCUACACCCCCGCCUCAGGCGGGAAGAUCUUCGCUGUGAACGGCCCGUGGAUGUUGGGCAUGCAUAAGGAGAUGGUGUUUGAGGUGGACUAUACGUCGGGUGAGCUCCUGGGCGCCUUCAGUCCCAAUGGCGAGGGCCUGAGCAACCCCCACGACAUUGUAGUCUCCCCUGACGGCCGGGUGGUCUACGUGGCGGAGAUCGGCCCCAACAGGCUGUGGAAAUUUGAGAACAAGAACGGAGCGCCCCCCACCAAGGCCAGGCGUCGCACAGUCCUCCAGCGCAUCACGUCAUUUUUAGACCCGACAAAAAUACUUAGGUUCACGUUAUUUUAGAGAGCACAUAUUCACUCAUUCUCUGUACACUCAUUAUUUAUUAUAUUAUUUACUGUUGUUAUGUUUAUAGGUUCAAAUUAUUUUAGAGAGUAUAUUAUAUUAUUUACUGUUAUUUACUGUUGAUGGGAGUUGUGGAGAGAUUGGAGGUAGAAGGAAGGAGACCAUUUGGUAGGCCUAGGAAAAUGUGGAGAAGGUGUACACAGGAAGACUUGGCAUUGAUGGGAUUGGAUGAGCAUUGGGCGGAAGACAGAGUAGAUUGGAGGUAGAAGGAAGGAGACCAGUUGGUAGGCCUAGGAAAAUGUGGAGAAGGUGUAUACUGGAAGACCUGGCAUUGAUGGGAUUGGAUGAGCAUUGGACAGAGGACAGAGUACGUUAUUUUAGAGAGAACAUUUCCAUUCAUUCUCUGUUCAUACAUUAUUUAUUAUUAUUAUUCAUUGUUGUGUUUAUAGAAGUGCGUUAUGCUUCCAAAACCCUCAAUCUUCAUAUAGCAAUAGUGGAUAGCGUACAGGAAGGGAAUGUUAGAUAUGUACUUUAUAACAUAUCACUAGUUAAGUUUGUUUAAGAUUUAUUUAUAGGCCUCCACUCAUGGGCCUAGUGGGGUCAUAACCUUGGUAGUAUAAGCAUUAUGGAAAUAUAUAGAAUGAUAAGAAUGAUGAGAUAAGAAGAAGAUUAGAGAAGGGAAUGACACUGGACAGUCGGGUUAAGAUAUAAAGAUAAAGUAAAUAUUGUCAAGAUAUAGGAAAAGAAAGUAAACAAGGAUAUUCAACAAAGAAAAAGAAGAUUAGAGAAAGAAAUAGCACUGGAAAGUUAAGUUAAGAUAUAAAGAUAAACUAAAUAUUGUCAAGAAAUAGAAUAAGAACUUAAACAUUUAUUUUCAAGAGAAGAUGGCACCACUAUAAACACUUGCCUGCGCCAUGACGGGCUGGGGACAACUGCCAUCCAGGCCCCUCAAGCAACCCUACCGGCGCGAUGGGCGUAAACGUAAAAAAAAAUAAUGAUAAUAAUAAUAAAAAAAGAAGAUUAGAGAAACAAAUGGCACUGGAAAAUCGGGUUAAGAUACAAAAAUAAAGUAAAUAUUAACAGCA